AUGGUCAAAUCGUACAAUCGUUAUGACGAAGAGAAGUGCUUUGGUGUAAUCACCUCUCACUCAAAUAUUGUAUGGCUCCCACCUAGUGACUCACAAUCGUCAACAUCUGUUGGAAGAGCAUUAACGUCAGGGUUGGAAGAGAUUCUAAUAUGGGACAUCAAGACUGGUGAAUUGCUACAACGAUUAAACGACGGGCUUACACCAGGUGCGUCUAAUGCAAGUACAACCACAGCUCCAAGUCCAGUAUCACGUUUGGCCUAUCAUAAAGAUACAAACUUGAUCGCAGCAGGAUACACAGAUGGCAAGAUCAAGAUCUGGGAUGUAAGUUCGCAGUCAGUUCUCAUGACUUUUGAAGGACACAAGUCGAGUAUUUCAGUGCUAAAGUUUGAUACGAGUGGAACUAGACUUGUUAGUGGAUCAAAUGACACCAGUAUCAUAUUGUGGGACCUUGUAGGAGAACAAGGGUUGUUUAAAUUGAAAGGUCACAAGGGCCCCAUCGCGGGAUUGAAUUUUUUAUCUGUAUCAAGGCAAGACAACGAUAUUGACAGUAUUGAUGAUUAUUUACUUUCCACCUCAAAAGAUGGCUUGAUUAAGUUAUGGGAAUUAAAGAGUCAACAAUGUAUCGAAACCCAUUUGGCACAUAGCAGUGAAUGCUGGUCAAUGGGAGUGAAUAAUGAUGAGAGCAUGGUAGUAACCACAGGAAACAAAGAUCAAGUUAAAGUUUGGGGAGUUGAUCUUGCUCGUGAUGACGGUGAAAAGAUUUACGAAAGAGGGAUGUUUGAAAAGGCAAGCAAAGCUAGGGGUAAUGAGUUGCAUUUUAAAACCAUCAAACACGAGGGAGUGGAAAUUGAAUUAUUUUUGGUACAGAAUGCCGACAGAGCACUUGAAAUCUUUCGUGUAAGAUCAGAGGACGAGAUGAAGAAAGGAAUCACAAAGAGGAUGAAGAGAUUGAAGGAGAAAGGUUUGGAUGAUGACGAAAUCUUGGAAUCUAUCCAAAGUUCCGAAAUCAGCAUGCUCAUAACACCAUUUACAACAGUAAGGUCACAAGCAAAGAUCAGCUCGUGUUGCUGGACACGUAGUCGGAAAAAGCUAAAUAUCUUGACGGCAUUGAGCAACAAUAGUAUUGAAUAUGCCAACAUUCCUACACCUGAGAACAUAAGGAAAGUGCAACCCACAGAUAUCCAUGCAGUAAAGGAGCAUACUAUAGACCGAUUAGGUCAUCGGUUUGACAUUCGUGCUAUGGAUAUUUCCCCCGAAGAUGAUAAAUUGUUAGCUACGGCAUCAAAUGGUGAGUUGAAGAUUUGGAACACGAGAUCAUACAAUGUAAUCCGUUCAUUUACCUUGGAAAGUGGCUAUGCGCUCUGUUGUAAAUUUUUACCAGGAGGUUCUUUGGUGGUUGUCGGUUUCAAGAAUGGAGAUUUGGAAUUAUACGACUUAACUUCCUCAUCGCUCGUUGACCGUGUGGAAAAAGCACAUCAAGUGACAGAUGCUACAGGUGACGACAAUAAUGCAGCAAUCUGGUCUUUAGACCUUACAUCUGACGGAAAGACUUUGGUAACGGGAGGAAACGACAAGUGCGUCAAGUUUUGGAACUUUAAAGUUGAACAGGAUAUUGUUCCUGGAACAAACACGGUCAUCUCACAACUUAAGCUUGUUCACACACAAACAUUGGAAUUAAAUGAAGACAUUUUGUGUGUUAGGGUCUCCCCCGACGACAAAUAUCUCGCCGUAUCGUUAUUGAAUAACAAUGUCCAAGUGGUGUUUUUAGACACAUUGAAAUUGUUCUUGACAUUGUACGGACACAAGUUGCCGGUUUUGUCUAUUGACAUAUCAGCUGACUCCAAGCUCAUUAUAACUUCGUCGGCCGAUAAGAAUAUCAAAAUAUGGGGAUUGGAUUUUGGAGACUGUCACAAAUCUAUCUUUGCCCAUCAGGAUUCAGUCAUGAAUGUCAAAUUUAUUGGCGAUUCGCACAAUUUCUUCUCCAGUGGAAAAGAUGGGCUUAUUAAGUAUUGGGAUGGUGACAAGUUUGAGUGUAUCCAGAAAUUGCCGGCGCAUCAGAGUGAAGUGUGGUGUAUGGCUAUCAGCACAAAUGGAUUAUUCAUGUGCUCAACUUCCCAUGAUCACUCAAUACGUUUAUGGUCUGCUACCAGUGACCAAGUAUUUUUGGAAGAAGAGAGGGAGAAGGAAAUGGAGGAAAUGUACGAAAAUAAACUAUUGGAUCAGUUGGAACAAGAUGAGCCUGUUAGGAAAGAUGGCGAGGAUGAGGAAGACAAUGGCAAUGGAGAGGUUGAAAAGGUUGGCAAACAAACAAUGGAGACAUUAAAGGCUGGAGAGAAAUUAAUGGAGGCUUUGGAUAUUGGAAUUGAGGAUUUGGAGGCCACUAGAGCUUACGAAUUGGACUUGAAAACAAACAAGCAGGCGAUAAAGCCCACACCAAAUGCAGUUUUACUUGCCUUUAGCAUGACUGGACCCGAAUAUGUUCUUGACACCUUGGUUAAGAUCAAACCUUCGCAGCUCGACGAUGCAUUAAUUGUCUUGCCAUUUUCGUAUUGUUUGAAAUUGUUGCAAGUAAUGGAAGUGUGGACAAACAAAGAAAACAUAUCGAGAAACGUUACCCGAUUAUCAUUAAUUUGCAAAGUUUUGUUUGAUAUCGUGUCGUCUAACUCCAAGGAGUUGAUUCAUCAAAAGGACCCGCAUAUUAAGAACCAAUUGAUUGCUGUGAAGCUGCAGUUGCGAGACAAUUUAUCAAAGACAUGCAGCACUUUAGGUGUCAAUACUCAGGGAUUGAGGUUUAUAAAACAACAAUGGAAGUUGACACACACACAAGAGUUUAUUGACGAAGAAGAGCAGAAAGAAUACGAGAACAAGCGAGCAAUCAAGAGGGUUUAUAAAACGAUAUAG